GUGAGCACAUUUUUGAUUUGUUCAAAAUUUUCAAAAGCCAAAGACUCUCAGCUCUCUCCUAGCUUUCUCUCAAAUCUCUAUAACAAUGAAGGUUAAAGAAGCUGAGAUCACCGAGCAGGAUUCUCUUCUUCUUGUUAAAGAAGCUGAGAUCACCGAGCAGAAUUUGCUUCUUCAGACAAGGAACUUGCUCGGUAUUGAAAUUUUGAAUAUUAGUUACAUCAGAGGCCUGUUUCCAGAGAAGUAUUUCAAUAAUAAGUCUGUUCCUGCUUUAGAGUUUAAGAUUCAGAAGUUGAUGCGUAGGCUGAUUGAUUGGACGGAGAAAGGCAAGAGACGCUGUCUAUUAAUUCUGUUAUCAAUUUUGGAUGGAUUUAGUAUCUGAGUUAUUGUGCAUUGUACUGCAGUUUCCUUCAUCAGCUAUUCCAGCUCUGAUUGUCAGGAAGUUUUAAUGAAUAUCAGCCGUAGCAGAAACAAGAAAAAUGGAGGAACAUUAACAGAAAUUACUCCCAAUCAAAGGAGGAGUUCUGGAUGUAAAAUGAUCCAUACACUGGUUCAGAGAACUCUCGAUAAGAUGCCUGAAAAGAGUGUGCUUGAUCCUUGUGAGGAUGAGAAUGAUGAUAUGGAAGAAGAUGAAGUAAGCUUAGGAGCUGAUUCUGUACGAAAAUCAGACUCUUCUAAUUCUGAUAUUGAGUUUCAGGCUAAUCAAUGGCAAAAAGAUGAGCUCAUAGUUACACCAGUAGGCAAAGCGCAACCGGAGGAAGACAAUGGCAUGGUUGGCCAUGGUAACAUUUCAAACUGAAUAUUACAAUACGCAAACCUUUCAAGAAAUAUCAGGGCUAUAUU